AUGCGCCCGACUACUCAGGCGGCCCUCGGCGUGUCUAGCUCGCAGCUGGUGCGGCUGCUCGCCAAGGAGGCGGCGGCGCUGGAGCGGUGGGCUGGCGUUAACGGCGGGGUCCUCGCCGUCGCUGCGCUGGUCUCGCAGGCAGACGCAUGCGUGUAUGCUCUCAUGGGGUCGCGGUUUGCAGCCGCCCUUGUGGGAACCGUGCUUAUGUACGCGCUUGCAUUCUCAUUUUGCGCCGCCAACCUCAGCGGCCGGCCCCGAGCGGCCGGGGACUCCGAGGCACGACGUUUCUUCUACGCCACGCACCGUGCGGCGCACUCGCGGCUGCUGUACCGCCGGGUGCACAAGCUGCACCACGCGCACACGCACGACGUGCGCCUCCUCUCCUCCCUGCAAAUGAGCGCCGCAGACGUGGCAAUCACGCACACGGCGCCGCUUCUCGCGGUGCGACGAGAUCGCGCCGAGAUUCGCCGAAAUUGGCGCCAGAGCCAGUGCACGCUUCGUAAGCUGCCGGCGGUUGCGCUGGUGCCGCUGUCGCCCGGCAUCGAAAUGCCGGCGCCGUUUGUUGCCGCGUGGCUCGGCAUCGCUCUCACCUCCGAAGACCACCAGCGGCACCACAUCAACGGCGAGUUGCAGCCACAAUACAUACGGCUUUAG